AUGCGGAGACGUGCCGCACGUGCGCCGCGCGGGGAUUGGCAGCGCCAGCCCCGCCCGCGCCCCCGCGCCCCCGCGCCCCCGCGCGCGCGUCGAGCUCCCGCGCCCGGCUCGCCCAGGGAGGUCCCGAGCUGCGGCUGCUGCGGCUGGUCAGGAGGGCGGGGGCUGCGGGGGCGCGCCGGCCGGGCUGCGGGGUUCGCCUCCCGGAGCGGCGGGGGAACAAUGACAGCCGGAUGGGAAGUGGGAGGGGGGCUGGAGCAGCCUCCGGAAAGCGCCCCUGCCCGCACCGGGGUUCUCGUGCUCGGCGGUGCUAAAACAAGCUUGCUCCGAAGAGCUGCUGUGAACCGCACAGGGCCUGACGCUCCUGGUCCCAGCUGCAGCCAGCCAAUCAAAGAUAGACGCAGGGGACCCCCCCCUCCCCCCGCCCCCCCUAAAAGCCGAAGGAAACCUACCGGCCUGCGGAGGAAUUGCCGCUGGCAACAUUUACGGACGCCUGGCCAAGAGCUUUCUCUUGGGGGUUGCCUUUCCAGAAGCCCAGGACAGGUUGGCUCUGCUGUUACACACCUGUGUGUGAAGAAGGGAUUUGAUGGACUGACUUGCUGCCCAGAAAGCGAGUGCUGGAGGAUUUAUUUCGUUCACGGCGGCAAAGCUGCGAGCUGCAAGACCUUCGUUCUCAACUCCCGCAGCAGUGACGGGCGCUUUGCGACAAGUGUCAGGAAACGUGAGCGCAAGUGUAAGGGCCCCCUGGGGAAGGGCCUUGCGAGGAGGUGGCACCUUGGUCCUCUCUUCUUUCUUUCUUCUGCUGCCUUAAACAUCAGCUGUGCUGCCAAGGGCUUAAUGAAGGAGCUGGCCUCGCCGGGGUUUUCACCCUUGGUGUGGGCAGGACAGGGCCUGAGGGCUCCGGAGUGGCAGCUUCCACUUGGACCAGUUCAAUCCAAUCCACACGAGGGUGUGAAGAAAAGCACGUGUGGCUCUUUGGAGAGCCACCGAUAUACCAGGCUGCUGGCCCUGCUCACUAUCGUGGGUCACCUUCCCGAGAGGAUACUCUCGGAUGAAUUCCUGUUGGAUUUUACUUUUCCCACAUUAUCUUGUGUCUGUCUCCAGGAAGCUGGAAAUUUGACCACCAGACCUCCCUGUCCCGUGGCAGAGAAGCCCAUCCCCCAGAGCCUAUGUGGCAACCGGAGUAAGAAGCUUCCACGGCGCUCAGUCUGGGCCAGGCUUUGA